CCAUUUGCCGUGUCCAGGAGUACGGCUAUCCUCUCCUCUCGUCUGCCGUGGCAGAAAGGAAGCGCAGCAUCGCAGAAAGAAAAAGUCGUGGGGUUGGUUCGGUAAGGGCGGAAGUAGACGCACAUGGCGUCGGUGGUGAGGGGCGUCCUCCGCACGAUCAAAGAGAAGGGCAUCGGCGGUUUCUUCAAACAUCUCCGCGACGAGGGUUACACGAACUGCCUUUUGGAUGGGAAUCUGCUGCAAACCAAGAUUCACAACAUUGGUGCAACAGUAGUUGGAAUUGAUAAAUUUGGAAACAAGUAUUAUGAGAAAUUGGAUGUCCAAUAUGGGCGACACAGAUGGGUUGAAUAUGCUGAGAAAGGCCGCUAUAAUGCGUCGCAAGUGCCGCCCGAAUGGCAUGGUUGGCUGCACUACAUAACUGACCAUACAGGCGACGAACUUCUGAUGCUGAAACCCAGAAGGUACGGAGUGGAACAUAGAGAGAACUUUUCAGGAGAAGGCGAUGAGUAUAUCUACCAUUCCAAAGGCCACGCUCUUAACCCUGGACAAAGGGAUUGGACCCGUUACCAGCCCUGGCAACCUGUGAAAUCCUAAUUUCCUUUUUCUUUCUUUUUUUUUUUUUUUCCCUGAAGCAGUCAACACGAAUUAUGUUGCAAUGCUACUACUACUUCCGUCGACCAGCUUUUGUAAUCUAUCUAUCUAUCUGCUACUACUAUGAAUUAUGUUGCAAGUUGGAUGAUUUUGUAACUGUUUUAAUUAUUUCCAAGCUA